AUGUUUGAACCGCCCGGACUGAACUGGACUGGCCUGACUCACGAACACAUGAAUGAAUAUCGGAUCUUCACGAUGGAAGUUCUUGUGUCGUUCAUCCGUGGUGUCACUUCACUGUUUGGCUAUACUAACAGAACACGAGAUUGGGACGAUUGGCUAAAAGUGCACUGCAGGGGAACUCAGCGAUUAAACAACGAUUGCAUCGAAAUUGGGACUUGUCUCUUCCGUCAUUACGAAAAUAUGGAGUGCAAAAAGCAAGAGGUGGGAGAUGCCUGCCACACUCUAGUCUGUGCACUAAUGCUAUUGAACACGGAUCUGCAUAGUCAGACUCCUUUCAUCCUCCUAAAUCGGAAAUGUAUGUCCUACAUUGAUUUCCCACUAAGAUGGCUAGUAACAAUGAUGACGGAGCUCCAUAGUGUUAGGUCAAUGACCAGUAGCUGUGAAGGUCAAUCGCAUACAUUCCUAUCUCACCUAAUCGUCUCUGCCUUUCAGAGUGUUACAAGGAAAAUGUCUUGCCAGGAGUUUGUGAGCAACCUAAUGGAACUGAACAACGGGGAGAACGGGUAUUCAGUCGAUGAACUAAAACGGCUCUACGAUGCAUUUAAGCAGGAGCCACUGAGGUGGCCUGUACGAAUAUCUACCCCAACUGGAUCCAAUUUUAGCGUGGAAAUGCCGACAUUCAACCUGAUGUACGGAGGUCCACCCAUGGGUCCAGUGUCUUCAAUGCUCUCAACAGGUCUGUACGGGUUCGGUAUGAAUGGUGCAACCACACCAAACGGGGUGGGAUUCGUUCCUCCCCCCGCCUCUGCCGUUGUUUCCUCCCCCAACUUGCCCGCCCCCUCCUCUGCCUCCAUCGGGAGCGGACUUUCAUCAGGUCAAUCCGCUCCGCCCUACUGGCAGACUGCGGAGCCCUCACUACUUGCCGCGUGGACUACCGCUGCUGGUAGUGGUGGUAGCGGUGGCGGCGCGGGUGGUGGUUAUCUUCGACAGGCUGUUUUCACUUCCCAAGCCGUUCUUGCGAACUCAUCCUCCGUUGGCGCUGCUAAUAACAACAAUAGCACAGAGAGUGGUGGCGAUUUGUUGAAACUGUUCACCAAUCCCUUCGCGGAUAUGCCAAAGGAUAUCUCUGCACGGGAGUACAUGCGCGGAUUCGUGAUGCGAAAGUGUGUAAUGGAAUCGUACGGUAAACGAACGGCAAUGGGCAAACGGGGCUGGAAGCUUUUCUACGCCCGCCUGCGUGACCUCAUGCUCUAUCUCUACAAGGACGCCGAGACCGCAGCUACGGCCACACGGACAGAGGAGAUGGUUCUGAGCUACAUGAAACAGGUCUACCGAUUUCAACUCCACUGCCAGCACCUCCGCUUCUACCACGAACAUCAACAGCGACUCCAAGCAUCUCUGACAUCGCCCGCCCCUCCUGUCAGCAAUCCCCCCAAAAGUGGCGACAGUUCGUCAUUCACUGAGAGCACCGAGUCUGCUUCAAAAAUGAAUGAUGAGAAGGUUGAGGUGGUGGAAGGCGUCGAAAACACUGACGAAGUAGUAGAAGGUAGGAAGAAGGGGGAGAUAAAUUCUGGACAAUCGCCUCCACCACCACUACAGACACCGAAAUCGAAUGGUGCUCCGACGAUGCCGAGUGUUCUGGAGCAACAGUUGGCAGCUGCGGCCUUCCAACUGCCACCCCCUCCACCACCGCCACCGCCACCAGAGGCUAUCAUCUGCAUCGCACACGCCUUCGCCUGCGUCGCAGAGGACUACGUGAAAAAGCCCAACGUCUUUCGUCUCAAAACCAAGGAUGGUUCGGAGUACCUCAUGCAGGUUAAUGAUGCAAAGGAGUUGGAGUACUGGGUGGAUAAGAUCAACUACGUUGCGGGUCUCCUUUCAGCCCCCUCUCUCCCCUCUGCUGUGGGCUCCGAUCAAACCUUUCAUCGACCCAUCCUACCCGCUGGGGUCACGCAUUUGGGACUGCAUGAGCAACUGGAGGGUCAUCAGAAGCUCAUUCUGGAGUUGGCAGGAGACUUGGCGGAGCUGAAACGGCGUCGAAUGUCAGCGCCGUCGCAGCCUAAUCUGACCUAUUUGUCUCGGGAGCCAUCGGCACCGUCACCGGCACCUUCGAGUAAGAGUGACUCGUCUGCAGUGACGGUGGUGUCGGAGAGUGAAGUGAAUCAACAGCUUCAGCAGCCACCCUCCUCCCAACUGUCCUACAUCCCCGACUCGGUGCUCAAGUCGCUCCAACCCUCCACUGCCGCCACUCUCCCGUCCUUCGCCACUCACCAACCGGAGCGCUCGCUCUCUUCGGCUUUCUCCACCGCCAGUCUUGGUCGUCGACGCAAGAAGAAUUUCAACGCUCUCCGUGGUGGCACUGGCAGCGAGCUUGCAGCCCAACGUGCUGAAUUGGAUGAACGUGUGGCUUUCCUAGAGUAUGAACUUGUUCGCUACAAGACCUAUUCGCACCUCCUUGAAGCUGAACUGACCCGUCUUCAGCGUCUACCUCCUCCACAGACCCAAUCCUCACCACAACCACCAUCAUCACUGCCUGUCUAUGGUGCGUCGCCACAAAUUCGCGGCUUCUGGCAGGUCUGUGGAUCUGCAGAUCUCCUCGAAGAGCCGUCUGGAAGUGAUGGUGGAGGAGGAGGGGGUCUCACAACGGUGGUGGCAGGUCUUCCACCUCCACCGAAACGAAGCUACGGUUCCUCUAUGGGAAUCAGUAGUAGUGGUGGGAUGAGACAGUCGCGAUCUCAUCGAAUGCAGUACCGACAGUAUCAAAUGCAGCGUCGUCAACAGCAGUUCUAUAGCCCUGGCCCAUCUCUCCUCACAUCUGCGACUGUUCAGAAUACGCACGCGGAGGAGGAGACAACGCCGACGACGGAGGCGGUGGAAAUUACGUCUCAGGGUCAGGAAAACUCGCUAACGGCCUUCUAUGAGGUGAUAUAA